CGGAGGUUGCUGCAGCCGCUUCUUGGAUUUAGGCAGGCAUACAGCGUACAUAGAUCGGAUUUGAGGAUGUGGUGUUGCGGUGGUGCGGAGGAGGAGCCCCACGGCGCCCCGCCGGCCGGCAACCCGGCCGCGCCGCCGCCGUGGACACCACCAGCCCAGCCGAGAGGGCCGAACGUGCCGAGAACCGGCGCCGCGUCUGCGGCCAAGGUGCUGCCCAUCGACGUCCCGGCCGUCGCGCUAUCGGAGCUGAACCGGCUCACGGGGAACUUCGGGGACAGGGCGCUGGUCGGGGAGGGCUCCUACGGCCGCGUGUACCGCGCGACGCUCGGCACCGGGGAGGCCGUGGCGGUCAAGAGGUUCGACAACGGCAGCUCCUCCGGGCAAUCCGAGGCUGAAUUCUGCGAACAGCUCUCCGUGGUGUCCCGGCUCAAGUGCGAGCACUUCACCCAGCUGCUGGGCUACUGCAUGGAGCUCAACAACCGGAUCGUGCUCUACCAGUUCGCCGGCAUGGGCUCCCUCUACGACAUACUCCACGGUAAGAAGGGCGUGAAGGGCGCGGAGCCCGGGCCGGCGCUGACGUGGAGCCAGCGUGCGAGGAUCGCGUACGGGGCCGCGAGGGGGCUGGAGCACCUGCACGAGAAGGCGCGGCCGCCAAUCGUGCACCGCGACGUGCGCUCCAGCAACGUGCUGGUCUUCGACGGCCACGACGCCAAGAUCGGCGACUUCAACCUCACCAACCAGUCCCCCGACUCCGCCGCGCGCCUGCACUCCACCAAGGUGCUCGGCACGUUCGGCUACCACGCGCCCGAGUACGCGAUGACGGGCCAGCUGACGCAGAAGAGCGACGUGUACAGCUUCGGCGUCGUGCUCCUGGAGCUCUUGACCGGGAGGAAGCCCGUGGAUCACACCAUGCCCAAGGGGCAGCAGAGCUUGGUCACCUGGGCCACUCCAAGAUUGAGCGAGGACAAAGUUAAGCAGUGCGUGGAUCCCAAGCUGAACAACGACUACCCACCAAAAGCCGUGGCCAAGCUCGCGGCGGUGGCGGCUCUGUGCGUGCAGUACGAGGCCGAUUUCAGGCCGAACAUGACGAUCGUCGUCAAGGCUCUCCAGCCCCUCGUCAAUGCCCGGCAAGGAGGAGAUCAUCAGUAGCUAGAUAGAGUGAGAGGGCGUGUUGCUGCCGUCGCCUCCUGCGUCGAUUUAGCACUACGGGUGUGUUUGGUUUAGCGUCCAUGCGCGUCGGGCCAAUUUUUUUGGUGGUUGACUGCUCGCCAAAGAUUUGGCAUGUCCUCAAGUUAGCAGUGCUCGGCUGGGUGAAAACCAAACACGCCCUAUUUCUUUCACGCGUUGGAUGUAAUUGAGCAAAUUUGUGAACUUUUUACAACUCUUGUUUGAUGGCA